CAGCAACAACAACAGCAACAGACGAGUCAGCCUCAGGUGCCUGGAGUCGGUGGUGGUGGGGGGCCGGGGGGCGGCACGGUGGCCAGGGCUGGCGGAAUGUUCUGCUACCACUGCCCCCCAGGUCUUCCAACGCCGCGAUUACCACCAACCCUUGAGUACCCCUUCACCGCCACUCACCCCUUGUUUUGCGCGGAGACUUCUCUGGAUAUCGGUGUUCAAAAAGGGGGAAGGCAUUUCAAACACCUGUUAUAUGCAAAAGAUACAAGUUAUUCCCCGUACCAUCCGGCGUUGCACGGUGUCGGCGAGGAUUCCUUCGUGAGACGAAAGCAGAGGAGAAACCGAACCACCUUCAGCCAACAACAACUCGACGAACUGGAGUCGGCGUUUGCGCAGACACACUAUCCAGAUGUCUUCACCAGGGAAGAGCUGGCGAUGAAGAUUCACCUCACGGAGGCCAGAGUUCAGGUGUGGUUUCAGAAUCGCAGGGCGAAGUGGCGAAAAUAUGAACGCUUGAAAGAAGAGCAGAGGAAGAGAGAGGGUGGGGGUGGAGGUGGCGCACUGGAAACACCAGGAUUAGCACCACCGUCGUCUUCGUCGGCAGGACCAAGUCCCACCGGCCAUGAUCCUGAAGGUACAACGAACAGCAACGCCCCCGACGCGGAGGACGCCGGACCAGAUGGAGCUGGAGGAUCGAGAAGCCCCAGCACGACUUCCGCCUCGGUCAGUCCGCGGCCCCAGCAGAGUCAGCCGUCCCUGGGUGGCGUCUCGACGCCACCGCCAACCCCCAUAAGGGCGCCACCGCCACCACCUAGCACCGUGGGGGGUCUCGGCCCACCCGCCGAGAGUGCUCCCGGGUUAGCAGCAGGUUUCAGGCCAGUGGAGCCGCCAACGUCUCUGUUCUUCUCGCCGCACCUGGCGGCCCAGUUCUCCCCGCCGUUGUUUGGCAACAAAGUGGUCAGCAGCGCGCCGAGCUCCUUGACCUCGACUACUCCUUCGCUGUGGACCUCGAGCGACCAUCGACCGGGCAGUCUGCAGGACAUGUUGUCCUGGUCGUCGGCAGCUUGGCCAGGCUCUGUUUGCGGGUGCUGCAAGCCAGGCACCGGUGACCUCCAUAGGAGCAGCAGCUUAGCAGAGCUAAGAAGAAAGGCUCAGGAACAUUCAACAGCGUCGGCACUCCUCGGCGGGCUAGCCGGUUUCCCCGGGGGGCUGCCAUUGCCCUUGCCUCUACCAUUGCUGCCACCGUUGCUGGGACUCUCCAGGAGGCCGGAACACCAUCACCAUCAUCUGUCCAGUAUGGUGCACCAGAUACAACCGACCACGAAAGAGGAUCCCUAGGAGCAUCCUCUGAUCGGCACUCGCCUGACAGCUAAUUGAACGUUUGGCCUCGACGAACCUUGGCUCUGGGCACGUAUAAGUUUAUGGACACUGACUCUGUUUGCUUUUACCCAUACCCGGUUAAGGAUUACAGUAUUUUCGACACGGUUAGGACUCGAUCGUCCAAAUCCUGGCAUGAGAAUCGAGACACGGUGUUCGUUCGUUCACGGCUGUUUCAUAUAGAAACCACGAUUUGUGUCCUAGUUUGGUGCUACGCGACGGAACAAUUGUUGGUCCCGGCGAUGAUAAUUGAUAAUAUUAGGUUGGCCGGGGUAAGUUCGUGCAGUUUUGAUCCGCACGUCUGCGAUUACCGGGCCAAUUUGACCCAGUGUGGUUGUAAUCGUCAUCUAUUUAUUCAGUCUACGGAAAUUGGAGAAAAACGAAUUGCUGUUGCAUUACGUACAGUCGAAUGAGUAAUAGAACUGCAAGAAGAAUCUUCAAAAAUAUGUUUCGGAAAGUUAAUGAACAAAGCUGAGAAUUAUUAGAAUAAUCGACAAUCGUAUUGACCGUCGUCUGAGGGUUAACAACCUUUUUUCGUAUAAAAAAUUGUCUUCAUUCAAUUAUAUACUGGUCGUUGUUAUAUAUGAUCUUUUCUCAUUUUUUACAUAAUUUCAUCCCCCCCGAACAAUAAUACGAUUAUCGAGAAAUUGUUAAUUUAAGAAAUAUAAUGAAGAUAUUCCGGAUAUGAGUUAAUUUGAUUUUUCUACGGAAUGAAUAUGACAAGAUAUUUCAAUAUUGCGUGGAUAUACUUCGGAUACUUCUUUCAUGAAUCUUCGAAAUUUUUCAGAAUACAAUCGCAGUUUAUUUCAAUUAUUCUUCUAAGUCAAUGAAAUAAUUACAGAUAAUCGUGUUCAGCCAUUGACGAAUUGCAUAUGCUAAUCGUGAAAGUCGUCUAACCGUCUUAAAAAUACUGUGUUCUCUAAAUAUUUGUUAACCGAAAUCGUCUGCAUUUACCAGCACACAAAGCGCCAUAGAACGUUUUCUUAUUUUCAUUGUUUAAACAUUACACGUUUAUUCACUUUGAUGCCAAAUAUUAGUCUUGUAGGAAAAUCGAACUACCGAACAAAAAUGCGAGGAACGAAAUAGUGUGUUUGAACUGAGCUUUUUCAACGACUCGAUCAAAGCACGAUGGAAAUCAAAAUUUUUCUAUGCAGGUGCUACUGUGCAAUUUCUUUAAAUUUACACUAGCUGAAUUUCUUUUAGACACGUGAAGAACUGUCUAUAUUGAUUUUCGUUCCAAAAUCUUAUUUUUCUAUUACACCAUCUCUUCAAUCAAAUUGUUCAAAUGUUUCUGCUGAAUAACAAAUUGUUUGCGCGCAAACGUCAGCGUCAAAAUUUUGAGAUCAUUGUGCCAAUCUCUUAGUAAUGAGUACAAUUUUUGAUUCUCUAUACCCAAAAGUAUUUUCAAUUUUUAUUUAAAUAAAGCAUAACAUGAUGCAUUAGAAAUCACGACUAGAUUCUGCAAAGAUACGCGAAACUCAGCAAUCUGUUACGAUAGACAGGGUGUCCCAGAAUAGUACGACUUGAAAAGAGGCAAUUCUUGAGGUGAUUUGAAGUAAAUAUUUCCGCAGCGAAAAUGUUGGUUGUGCCUUUGUUAACGAGCUAUUAACGAAAAUCACAGAUCAAUGAGAGAGCGAGUAAAGCUUUCGAAUUCUGACGUGGAGGCGCUACUAUUAUCCCAUAUUCUGAUAUUAACCCAUUGUAUGCGGGUCACGUAUAGUCCUCACGCGACAAAAAGGUACCUUUGUGUUUACAUUCCUCCACUGCCGCAGCUAUCGGUUGCUAUUGGCCGAGAACAAUGACGAAGAUCGCCGUCGGCGAAUAGCGACCGAUAGCUGCGGUAGCAGGGCAGCUAUUAAGAGGGGGAAUGUAAACACAAAGAUGCACUCUUGUCGCGCGAGGACUAUAGAUAUUAUAUAAUGUGUGUGAUAAGUGUUCCGUUUUCAUUUUUAAACCACGAAGAUUAAUAUAACAUUUUCGUAGAUGGAAAAAAAUUAUUUAAAUUUUAAUCAUCUUACACGGUCAUCGAGUGACUAAUUAUUGCCAAUAAAGAAUUUUCUCAAUUGCAUAAACCAGAACUUCAUGAAAUAAUGACUUCUGAUGGCAAGACAUUGAAGGAAUACUUCACGAUGAAGAGUUAAAUAAUAAAUAUUAAUAAUUGGAACACGACUUUUUAAAACUGUUGCAGUCAAAUUGUCAACAAUUACCUACGUACAAGGUGUCAAUACUGACUUUUAGCUAUUUAUAUCAAUAUAAAUAUUUAACUUCUGAGAAAUUCAUUAUUAUUGUAAUAUGUUGAACAAAUUAUUCAGUUUGUUCUGAUUGCUAAGAUUUUUAUAAAUAAUAUGAAAUAUGUAAAUAAAUAUUUUCUAUGAUCUAGUUUUGCUUAUUUUAAUUACAUGAUUUUGAUAUAGUGAGAAUUUUUGGAGUUGAUAUUCGGCUCUUAACGUUUCGAUAACUCGUUAAAAAUGCCUCGGAGAACAUUUUCGCUAAAGAAAAAGUUACUUCAAAUCAUCUCAAGAAUCAUUCUUAUCCUAUAUGCAUUUUGAAGCAUCUUAUUGAAACAUAUGUUGCAACAAAAAUAACUAUUCGAUAUCCAGUGUUUAAAAGUCCCACUUCAACGUCCAUGAAACAGCAUUCGAAUAUUUGUGAAUAUUGCCCCUCAAAUUACGUGAAGGAAAGAAUAAUCGGGUUUCAAUAUUAAACAGGUAUUAAUUGCUUUCCAUUUAUACGAAAUGAUGAAAUUGCAGGUGAAACAAUAAUUCAAAUUAACCCCUUGCAGUCGAAUGGUAACUCCAAGGCACCACUAAGGAUUGUCACAUUAAAUUUCAAAAUAAUAUUAAUAUUAUCCAAUUUGUUUAUGUUUAAAAAACUUACAUUUAAAAAACUUGAAUAAUAUUGUUGCAUAAGUCACCAAAUUUCACACGUAUAAAAUGCACUUGGUUAUGUAAAAUGAAAAUACUCUAGGUUAGAAAAACUAUUUUGGAUUUCGAAUUAAAAUGACUCCGACUAUAAAGGGUUAAAAAAGUACCAUGUGCAAAAUUCAGUAUAGUUUGCAAGUAAUCGAUAGACUGCGAAUUAUUAUGCACUCGCAUCUACCAACAAUUUUGAGAAACAGAUAAAUUAAUAUCAACUCUUUUUUUCUGCCGCCUUCAAUCAAAGCAUAAAAAUUCGCAAUCUCGUUGUCGAUAUUAUUUUUCUACCUAAUUCGACAUAUUGAUUUUUGAAGACGUUUCACAAAUAAAUGGAAAGCCAGAUUUCUGAGUUUCGUCUGAAUUUGAUGAAUUAUUCAAUUUUCCAUUUCUUGCAAUUUGUGGUUAAAACUGACUUCGAACACGGUCGACAAUAAUAGUUUGAUAGUACUUACUCUAUCAUUGAAACGUUCUCUUACCAUAGAGUUUAGUAUAUUUUAUGUUGAAUUGCAUAUAACUUUUAUUCCUGUUUCGGAAACUUUCCACGCAUUCUUUGUUAAAAUUGACUAAUUUUAAUUAAUUUCUAAGUUGACGCAAAGUAGCUCGUACAACUUCCUCGCGAAAACGAAAAUUGUUUGCUACAGCUAGGAAUGAUUUAUAACUAGACUGCAGAUUUUACGCAUUUACACUAUUUAAAAAUUAUUCUGCACCGAUUCAAUAAAAUGAGCCAAAAGUUUCAAUGAAAUAUUCCUCUUCUUUGGAAUACAAUAGAAAGACAGCGGAUCUUCAUGCAAAUCCUCAUCUUUUUACUUCAUUUUACAAAAAUCAGAAUUACAGAAAAGUCUCCUUGUCAACCAAAAUUAUUGUAAAAUAAAAAAAAAUACAAUUCAAAUAUACAAUUAAAAAGGAAUUUUGUUAAUUUCUACGUUUUCUAACAUUUUCAAAAUUUGCACACAUCGUGAAUGCAUAAAGAUCCGCGCAGUCCAGCGAUGAGCGAAAUUUUACCUCCGCUCGAACUCGAAAAAUCGAAUUCUUAAAAAGACCGUAACUGCAUAAAUAUCCGCAGUCUAUUUAUAACUCAACGCAAUGGUUUCAUUGGAGCUUGUGUCCCCGUUCAACUAACAUUCACAUUCAUUUUCGUGCAAGGAUAUAGUAUUUCGACUUCAAUUCGAAGGCAGAAAAAUUCAAUACGCCGUUCUGCAAUGAGACCAGUUGAGCGCAGAGGAUAAUUUAUAUUGUAAUAGAAUAAUUUAUAUUAUCACCCUUAAAUCGAGUCUACCACAAUUUUCUUGAAUUAUAUGAUUACUCUAUCAUAUUAUUCAAAUAAUACGGAUAUCCGUAUUAUCCAAGUAACACGGACGUCCGCUUGAACUCCGCGCGACGCGAGCACG